AUGUCGGGUGCUAGUGUCCACGGGGAUUUCCUGCGAAAUGCAGUCAUUGACACCGUGAUCCCGCAUAACCCCGCUGUCGACAUUGAGGCGGCUUUGACAUUUGCACUUGAAGGAGGCGCCGAGGAUCUAAAUGCUGUCCUGUCCUCGAUCCCACAACGCUCGUUGCUUUUCUUUGAUGAAACCGUUCCGGUACGCGUUGUACUGAGGCUUUCGAACUGCUCCGAGAAUGACUUGAAAGCCCAUCUUCCGCGGCUGGACAUUGGUAUGAAUGCGCUUGUUUUCAACCCGACUACACCCAGUACCGAAGAACCAGCCCCGGCGAAAGACUCGAUAUUUACGGGGAGCGUGAAUAAUAAGGAAGACCCAUUGGUCGUUGUGAACGUUUUUGAAGGGGAUGAAGGAAGCGGAAACCAUGUUUACGUGAUAUGGAAAAUUGAUGCGUUCCUUCACCGGCCUCGUAUUCGUAUUCAACAUCCUUGUGUUGCCUUCUCGGUUACUGCUUCGUUAAAUGCAGCAGAAAGCUCCGACCAUUCAUUUCGCAACGACGAAUAUCUCCCCACCACUGUGCCGGCAUCUUCCAAUGUAUUGCAGGCGCUAUCUUCAGAUCCAGCUCUCAAAUUUACUGCCCCUUACCUACCAGCAUCUAGGCUGCUACGUGUUGUUCCUGCUGCACAAAAAGAAGCGCCUGUGCAUAAUCUACGACAGCAGAGCCAGCACCCCAUACGCAUUGUGCCCGCGGCAAGUGCAAGAAUUCGCUGCUCCCGGCUUAAUACCUUUUCAAGUCGGCCAGUCACGAUUGCUUGCUUAGACUUGGAGGUAACGCCAUUUGUGACUUGCGAUGUGGUUUUUGACAAGGCCGAUGUCGUUUUGUCGGACGGACAGGUAGAGGAUAUAUCAAAAACACCCGAACUCCAGCCUCCUAUUUUGCUACGGCCUAGGGAUGACGUUACCCUGAUUUAUAAGCUGAUCCCUGAAUACGGACCUGAGGCUUACCUCUCGACGACAUCCUUGGUCAGCAGUCUUGAUAUUUCGCUCGAAGGGGUUAUCAAACUAUCAGACGAUUGCCAACCGCGGAUUUUCAUGCAAUGGCGGACUAACGUCGACUUUUCUAUUCCAUUAAAUCCUACAUUUGGCGGACCCAGCCAGGUCAUGCAACGCAACAACCGUCCGGCAAGUUUAUCUGUGACAUCUGGACCAAGCGGGCCGCCGUCUACAAACGCAGCAAACCGAAGUUCGUACCGGGAACGAGCCUAUUCACAUACACGAGGUGGAGUGACUGUAUCAUUUUCCGGCCCUGUCGAUGUGGAGAUUGGAAAGCCGUUUCAGUGGGAUGUUUUCAUUGUGAACCGUUCUCCUGCUCCUCGAAAAUUCACAAUGAUGGCAAUCCCACGGAGAAAACGGGUGGACCUUCGACGCCAUGUUACACGACCAUCCUCAUCCUCCAUAUCAGGCAAAAAGGACAAGAAAGAGGAACAUCUAGCGGAAGCCGUCACAGAUGAAAGCAUUAUUCAUGCUAUGCAAAAGAAUGCCGCGGGACAAGAUGCAGACUUAGUUUGUCUGAGCACCGAUUUAAGGAUAGGGCCGCUUCUCCCUGGCACGUGCCAUUCUACUGAGCUCAUUCUCCUCCCUCUAGCGACCGGUGCACUCCACCUAGAAGCGGUACGUCUUAUCGAUAUGAACUCAAACGAGACAAUAGAUAUAAGAGAUCUUCCCGAUAUCGUCGCAUCUCUAUGCGGAUAA